AUGCGCUGUCUUCGGUGCGCACACGAGCGCUUACUGAGCACUACUGCAGCUCGCAAUACGCUCACUCGCGUGCGAAGCACAGCCAUUGGCGAUCAUGCGCGCUCGUUGCAAACGGAAGCCUCUUCAUCGACAACACCCGAUGCGGUCGCAUUAGCAGGAGUCAAGGCCUUCAAGGCUGUCAAAAAGGCUCGCCAGACGAGUCAGACAAAGUCUCGAUCACAGCCGAAAGGAAAAGCAACGGCUGCGAGCCACAGCGAGCGACGAGCGGCCAUACUUGCAAAAUUAGAAAGUCUAGCAAAAGCGCUGCCUGGCGAGCAGUCUUCGUCGAUCGUUGUGCAAAGCGUUGCCAAAGUUCGAGCGACGCAGGGGCGCACCCGUUCGACAGCGCCUGCGCCUGCGAAAGCUCAUCCUCAGAACGCGGUCAUCAUCAAUACAGGAACAAUCGAGCCUGCAGAGAUCGAGCUUGAUCGCAUUGAGGCGCUCGAAGAGAUACCGUAUGCGCGCCUUCAGCAUGGACUGAAUCGUGUCUUGUUCAAUCCUGGUAUCCACUGGCUCCAAGAUCCUCGUACGGGGGUGUACAACUACGAGCCACAUCUCAAACACAUACCCGGUCGCGCUUCAUACAAUGCCAACAGGAUAUCGCAAUUUGUGCCUCCCUCUGGCGACAAAAGUCUGCGGACGCUUGCCGACAAGCACGACGCACUUUUUAGAGGCAGCACGAGCAGUCUCGUGCCCUCGCUGGUUCAUUUCUGGCUCCUGCAGCAUGGCGUUCAGCACCUGCGGACGGACCAUCUUAGCAUGCUCUGGAAGGACCAGAGUCCAGCGAUUCUCGGUAUCGGGCCGCGUCUACCUGCAAGCGUCAUAUUGCGAUACCAAGACGGGCGAUACGUCAUCGAUAGCGACAAAGGCGCCGAUCUGCAGGACGAAGAGAUUCUGUCUGAGCUUGGACACGUGAUGGAAAAACUGCUCGUCACCCCGCCCGCCGAAUUUGAAGAGGCUCUGGCGCAGAGUCUUGCCGAGCAAAAUACCAGUCGUGAUACUCAGCAUGAUGGAUAUGCGUACUGCAAAAGCGGCGGCAUUCUCAUGCGGUCGCAGAUAGAUUGCCACCAUCCUCUGCUGCCGAAGCAGACCUUUGACAUCAAGACGCGCGCAACAGUGUCUGUCAGGACAGACAAACUCAACCACGAAGAAGCGAGUGGGUAUCUCAUUCGAUAUAACCACGGGAUGGAAGAGUCAUACGAGCGCGAGAUCUACGACUUGAUCCGCAACGCGUACUUAAAGUACAGUUACCAAGCGCGCAUCGGUGGCAUGGAUGGCAUCUUCAUCGCCUACCAUAACACCAAGCGAAUCUUUGGCUUCCAGUACAUCUCCAUUGCUGAUAUGGACUACUGCCUCAACGGCUCGUCAGAAGAAGCAGAAUCGACAUUUCGUAUGGGCGUGCGCCUCUUCGACACUCUGCUUCGCCAAGCCAUCGGGGUGUACCCGCAACAGACGCUCCGCGUUAUGACGGAAGGCAAAUCGGGUCGGCUGAUGAUGUUCGUUCGACCGAACGGCACAGAACGCGAGUUGACAAAGGACGAACCUUUGACGGCGUUUUGCCUUGAGCUGGGAGAGAAGACGGAUAACGGCUACAAGUAUACGAUUCGAAAGUACGCGGACGACGAGAACACUCGCGCCUUGUAUAGAAAGACCGCGACGCGACAGAGCUUCUUCAACCGUCACGUCUUACCGCCUGGCGUUACGCCUGCUCAGGUCAAAGCAGUACUUAAGAGUCAGCGCACCGACGAUGACGAUAUGGAGGACCUUCUCGAUCCGGUCGACGACGACGCCAUCUCACAAGAAGGCGUAGGCUUCACACCCCAUCCAAAGAUCACCUACGUCGACAGACCAAGCAAGAUGGUGCAGGCUUGGCGACAGAUCGCACGCAGGGGCAAGGCCUUGACGGACAGCUUAGGCGAGAGCGACGCGCCUGACGAUCAAGUCUACGUUGUUCCUGCCAGCGAGCCAGAGCUUCGACAGCGCCGGCUGCAUUGA